AAUGGGGAACCUCCGUAAAAGAAUAUUUAGAACGUUUUGAUAAUUGAUGAUAUGAAGUUGAGAGAACAAGGACAAGACACGAUCUUUGAAUUUGGGUCCGAGAAGACAAGAAACGAGGAAGGAGGACGAAGAAGAAAAAGCGUGACGGCUGCUUAUUAUCCUCCUCAAGCGCAUGUUAGCUUAAAUCAGAGUAAUGUGCACCUUCCCUCACGCUAUUCUGAAGGUUAACUUCCGAUCGAACGACCCACUCUCUUUUCUUUUCUUUUUUUGUUUUCCGUCUUCUCUCUCUUCAACUCUGUCACCCUCUCUCUCUCUCUCUAAAAUUUUCUUACCCAGAAAUAUAAAAAUCUCCCGGAAAUUUCCCGUUUUAACAAUUUCUUCAGCAUUCCCUUCCGGUUUUUGUUAUCCAAAUCAUAAGAAACGACUCAUUUUAAAAAAUAAAAAUUGGGUCUUUUUAUUCUGGGUUUUUUUUUUAAGAGCGAGAGAAGUUAGGAACAGAUCUCUCUCUCUCUCUCUCACUUUCUCUUUCUGUUCUUUCGUGCCAAACGUCUCUUCUUCUCUCCUUGUUCUAUAGAAAAAACAUCUGCAAUUCUGUAACUUUCCCUGUUCGAUACGACGGGUAUGCGAUUUCCAGUCGUGGGUCAGAGAAGACGGAUGACUGCUCUCGAGAAUCUUUGACAUCGGAAAAUUUCGAAAUUUGGGGGGGAUAGAUUAGGGUUCGCGAGCAAUUGGGGAAUUUCGAGAGGUUUUAGUUGCUGAUUCUGGAUUGUAACAGUAGUUACUUGUAUCUGAUGAUGCUCUGAUUGCUUCUGAAAAUCUCCGGAGAAGAUAAUGAUAAUCAAACGGAAACUUAAAACCCAGAUACCGAGUUUAAAACGGUGCAAACUCAGCAACUCGGCGAGUGAGUGCGGUGGUUCCAGGAAGAAGAGAAAAGCUAACUUGGGAGGUUACUACCCUCUUAACCUUCUCGGUGAAAUCGCCGCCGGGAUAGUUGCAGGCGGGGGACGAAAUGGACUAUCUGCUUCGUGGUGCACUCAGGUUUCGUCUUCUCCCGUUUUUGAGGUAGAGACUGAGUCAAAGAGAAUAUCAGAUUCCGGCGCCGCGAGGGAUGCUCCGGCCGGUGUCUCCCGUCCACCGCUGGUUCGGACUUCUAGGGGACGAAUUCAGGUGCUUCCUUCUCGAUUCAACGACUCGGUGCUCGAGAAUUGGAGGAAAGAUGGCAAAAACAGCAGCGAGCGCGAUUGUGACUACGAGGAAGAAGUAGAAUGCAGGAACGAGAAAGCUAGUUCUCGGGGUCUUAAAGCUGAUGUUAAUUUGAAAAGCAAGGGAAUUGAUAGGAACAGUAAGUGUAGUGCAUUGUAUAAAAAAGCAGCAACAUUUCACGAGCAAGAUGGUGAGGUGCGUGCUCGUGUUGACAGAAGGAGAGGAGAUGAGAAGCUUCCGAUGAAAGAAGGUUCUUAUGGGCCAGAGAACUUCUAUUCGGGUGAUUUGGUUUGGGCUAAAUCUGGGAAAAAUGAGCCGUUUUGGCCGGCCAUUGUUAUCGAUCCAAUGACGCAAGCACCCGAGCUUGUUCUGCGUUCUUGUAUUCCCGAUGCAGCCUGCGUUGUGUUCUUUGGUCACUCUGGGAACGAGGAUGAAAGGGAUUACGCUUGGGUGAGGAGAGGGAUGAUCUUCCCUUUUGUGGAUUAUGUUGCCAGGUUCCAGGAGCAGUAUGAAUUGCAAAGAUGCAACCCUGGGAAUUUUCAGAUGGCUUUGGAGGAAGCAUUUUUGGCAGAUGAGGGAUUCACGGAGAAGUUGAUGCAUGAUAUUCACUUGGCUGCUGGUAACCCUACUUGUGACGAUUCUUUCUACAGAUUGACUCAAGACUCAGAUCAGGAUCUCAGCAACACUGCUCCAAGCCAGGCAAGUGUCUCUGUCUAUGAGUUCGUUGUGCAGGGUGAGUUAAAGAAAUGCAGAAAUUCACCUGCCUGUGUAGGAUGUGGAACGGUAAUUACUUUUGAGAUGGCCAAAAAAAUGAAAGCUAUGAAUCCUGGAGAUCGACUGUUGUGUAAACCAUGUUCAAGGUUGAAAAAAUCGAAACACACUUGUGGUAUAUGCAAGAAGAUAAGGAAUCAUUUGGACACUCAAACCCUGGUGCGCUGUGAUGGUUGUAAAGUCUGGGUACACGCAGAGUGUGACCAAAUAUCAGAUAAGGAAUUGAAGGUUUUGAGGGGAACAGAUUACUACUGUCCUACCUGCAGAGCUAAAUUUAACUUUGAGCUAUCGGAUUCAGAAAUACAAGACUCCAAGUCAAAACUUGACAAAGACGAUGGUCGGAUGGUUUUUCCUGACAAGGUUAUUGUUGUAUGCUGUGGGGUAGAAGGAAUAUAUUUCCCAAGUCUCCAUUUAGUCGUAUGUAAGUGUGGCUCCUGUGGACCUCAAAAGAAAGCACUUAGUGAGUGGGAAAGGCAUACCGGAUCAAAGGCGAAAAAUUGGAAGACCAGUGUGAAAGUCAAAAGCUCGAAACUGCCACUAGAAGAAUGGAUGAUAGAAUUAGGAGAGUUACAUGCAAAUGCUACAGCAGCUAAAGUUCCUAAACGACCUUCCAUAAAGCAGAGAAAACAGAAGCUGCUUGCUUUUCUGUCAGACUCUUAUUUUUGCAUUCAAUAUUUUGUUCACAUGGACUGUGCUAGAUGCCAAAUAGCAGUGCAUCAGGAAUGCUAUGGCGCUAGACAUGUUCAUGAUUUCACCUCAUGGGUCUGUAAAGCAUGCGAGAAACCAGGUAUUAAGCGGGAUUGCUGCCUCUGCCCUGUAAAAGGAGGUGCAUUGAAGCCUUCUGAUGUGGAAACACUGUGGGUUCACGUGACGUGUGCUUGGUUUCAGCCUGAAGUAUGUUUUGCAAGUGAUGAAAAAAUGGAACCAGCUGUUGGGAUUUUGAGUAUUCCAUCAAGUAACUUUGUGAAGAUAUGUGUGAUAUGCAAACAAAUACACGGCUCGUGCACUCAGUGUUGCAAGUGUUCUACGUAUUACCACGCCAUGUGUGCCUCCCGAGCUGGUUACAGAAUGGAGUUGCACUGCUUGGAGAAAAAUGGUCGGCAGAUAACAAAGAUGGUGUCCUACUGUGCUUAUCACAGGGCUCCAGACCCAGAUAAUGUGUUAAUUAUACAAACUCCUUCAGGGGUCUUCUCUGCAAAAAGUCUUGUCCCAAACAAGAAGAGAGGCGGUUCCCGGCUUAUUUCAUCAAUCAGAAGAGACGAUGAACCCGCAGAGGAUACCGAUACAUGUGAUCCAUUUUCUGCUGCCCGUUGCCGAGUGUAUAGAAGAAAGAUCAAUAGCAAGAAGGGGAGUAAAGGAGAAGCCAUACCUCACCAAGCAAGAGGACUACACCAUCAUCCAUUAGCAGCAAUCCAAACUCUAAAUACAUUCAGGCAUGUGCCGGAAGAACCCAAAUCGUUUUCAUCUUUCAGAGAACGACUUCAGCACUUGCAGGCAAGCAUUCUCAGAUGUUUCAAAGAGAUUAGGACAGAAAUGGAUCGGGUCUGCUUUGGGAGAUCUGGAAUACAUGGAUGGGGUCUUUUCGCAAGAAGAAUCAUCCAAGAAGGAGAGAUGGUUCUUGAGUACAGAGGGGAACAGGUGAGAGGUAGCAUUGCAGACUUGAGAGAAGCACGGUAUCGCAGAGAAGGGAAGGAUUGCUAUCUGUUCAAGAUCAGUGAGGAAGUAGUGGUUGAUGCUACAGAUAAAGGGAAUAUAGCUCGGCUCAUCAACCAUUCGUGUACGCCAAAUUGCUAUGCAAGGAUUAUGAGCGUAGGAGAUGAGGAAAGCAGGAUUGUCCUCAUCGCCAAGACCAAUGUAGCUGUGGGAGAGGAGUUAACGUAUGAUUACUUAUUUGAUCCAGACGAGCCAGAGGAAUUCAAGGUGCCAUGCCUAUGUAAAGCCCCCAACUGCAGGAAGUUCAUGAAUUAGAUAGAUAACCGUUAUGGUAAGGCGCUUGCUUAUUUCACACGCUACAACACGAAGAAGAAGAAGAAGGAGAAGAAGAAAAAGCCAAAGCAAGAUUAUCUCUUUUGUAUAUGUUGCUCCAACGAUAGAUUUAAGGAAACGAAAGAGAAGAGCCUUUUCCAUCUUAUAAACGAAAGUCAUUCUAUAAACGAAAAUUAAAGAAAACGAAAUGAAAUGAAGGUCUGAUGUUGAUGCACGAAAGCAUAUGGUGAGCCACGAAGAGAAAAUUACCUUCAAAUUUUACAAACACAACAAUUACAUCAUCUUUUGUUGAAAGACCUUCACACUUGAAUAACGACAUGCAUUGAGUAUGCAGUUCUGCAUCAGUAAGUCUAACUGAUAAAUGUAUUAGACGAUGAACAUUUAUCAAAAGAACCAAUAUAG